AUGUGGAGGCUCAAGGUGGCGGAGGGCGGCGCGAGCAGCCCGUGGCUGCGGUCGACGAACGGCUUCCUCGGGCGGGCGGUUUGGGAGUUCGACCCUGACCAUGGCACGCCGGAGGAGCGCGGCGAGGUGGAGAAGGUGCGCCGGGAGUUCACCGAGAACCGCUUCAAGAGGAGGGAGUCUUCCGACCUCCUCAUGCGUAUGCAGUACGCCAAGCAAAACGGCCAUCAACGGCACCUGCCACGCACCAAGCUUCAGGAGGAUGAACAGGUCACUGAAAAAGCUGUACUGGAAUCGUUGAGACGAGCACUGGAUCAGUUCUCUUCCCUGCAAGCGAGUGAUGGCCACUGGCCCGGUGAUUUCAGCGGGGUCAUGUUCAUCAUGCCUGGUUUGAUAUUUGCGUUGUACGUCACUGGAUCACUCAGUCCUGUCAUAUCACCGGAGCAUCGGCGUGAGAUAUGCCGCUACAUAUACAACCAUCAGAACGAAGAUGGUGGAUGGGGUACACUCAUAUUGGGUUCGAGCAGCAUGUUUGGCACUUGUUCAAAUUACAUCACCCUAAGGCUUCUCGGCGAGGAGCUAAAUUUCAAGAAUUACGCAAUGGCCAAAGGGCGGAAAUGGAUCCUAACCCAUGGUGGUGCAACCUUGGUGCCCCAAUGGGGAAAAAUAUGGCUUUCGAUACUGGGAGUGUAUGAUUGGUCGGGAAAUAAUCCAAUUUUCCCCGAAUUAUGGCUAGCUCCCCAAUUUCUUCCAUUUCAUCCCGGGAAAUUCUGGUGCUUAACCCGUAUGGUUUAUCUGCCGAUGGCUUACCUUUACGGCAAGAAAUUCAUUGGACCUAUUACACCAACUAUACUGGACAUAAGAGACGAGAUCUAUGUCAUGUCAUAUGACAAGAUUGACUGGAGCGCGGCUCGCACUGCAUGUGCAAAGGAGGACCUCCUCUGUCCACAGACUAUGCUGCAGAAUACUGUUUGGACUUCACUUUACAAGUAUGUGGAACCAUUAAUGAGCCGCUGGCCAAUAAAUAAACUGAGGGAGAGAGCUCUGGGCAAUCUCAUGGAACAUAUCCAUUAUGAAGAUGUGAACACGCAGUAUGUCUGCAUAUGUGCUGUAAACAAGGCUCUAAACAUGAUCUGCUGCUGGGUAGAAGAUCCAAAUUCAGAUGCAUUUAGGUGUCAUCUUGCAAGGAUACCUGAUUUCUUGUGGCUCUCAGAAGAUGGCAUGAAAGCACAGGUAUAUGAUGGCUGUCAGAGCUGGGAGACAGCUUUCAUAAUUCAAGCAUUUUGCGCUACAGGUCUUGUCAACGAGUAUGGUUUAACUAUUCGAAGAGCCCAUGAGUUCAUAAAGCAUUCACAGGUUCUAAGGAAUCAUCCUGGUGACCAAAGUUACUGGCAUCGCCAUAGAUCAAAGGGUUCAUGGACUCUUUCAUCUGCAGACAAUGGAUGGGCGGUAUCUGACACUACAGGAGAAGCAUUGAAGGCUGUACUACUGCUAUCGAAGAUAUCAAACAACAUUGUCGGGGAUCCAAUAGAAAGAGAAAGGCUGCAUGACGCUGUUGAUUGCCUUCUAUCUUUCGUGAAUAAAGAUGGUACCUUUUCAACGUAUGAAUGCAAAAGAACAUCUUCUUGGAUAGAGAUUCUCAAUCCUUGUGAGAGUUUUCCAAACAUGGUUGUUGAUCAUCCCUACCCUGAAUGCACUUCAUCUGUCCUUCAAGCUCUGAUACUAUUCAAAGAAUUAUCCCCUUCCUAUCGUACAAAAGAUAUACAUAAAUGUAUCAGAAAUGCAGUAAAAUUUAUUGAGAGCCGACAACAAGAAGAUGGUUCAUGGUUAGGAACUUGGGGUGUAUGUUUCACCUAUGCAACCUUCUUUUCAAUUAAAGGAUUAGUUGCUGCUGGAAGAACGUACGAGAAUAGUCCUUCCAUCAGGAAAGCAUGCCAAUUCAUAUUGUCGAAGCAGCUUUGUACCGGUGGGUGGGGAGAAAGUCAUCUAUCUAAUGAAACUCAGGUUUAUGUAAAUUUCAAAGGUGACCGUGCUCAUGCUGUCAAUACUGCUUGGGCAAUGCUGGCUUUAAUUUAUGCAGGACAGAUUGAGCAAGAUCCGACACCACUGCAUCAUGCUGCAAAAGAACUGAUCAACAUGCAGUUGGAAACAGGAGAGUUUCCCCAACAAGAACAUGUCGGAUGCUUCAACAUGUCCCUUUUCUUUAAUUACCCUAAUUACCGCAACUUGUUCCCUAUUUGGGCUCUUGGUGAGUAUCGUUGUCGUCUUGGUGCAAAGAAGAGGAAUGGGUUCAUGUGAGGAUGGCAAAAAGGUGUAAGGGACUAUGAUAUGACUUAUCGUUCUAACAAAUAUACAUGAUUGCCUAAAAAAAGACGCGCACAAUAAAUUUGCCCAAAAUGUAUUGUAUAUAAUGUAAGGUUGUAAAGCUAGCUUGAUGUUGUGUACUGCUGUAUACCAUCUUCUCCUUGUUAAGUGCUACUUAAAUUACAGAAGCAAGUGUUGUGUGAGCUGUAAGCAGGUGGUCUCCGAAGGGAAAACAAAGUAGGGGAAGCAAGUUUUUACCCUCUUCCUGUGAUGAGAUAUACCCUUAUUACCAUCGUUACAAGAAACAAUUUCCCAAUUCUCCGCCUUCCGGACAUCAGACUCGUCUCGUCUUCGGCGAA